AUGUUUAGACGUAACAACAGCAGUACUGCAGUCCCGUCUUUUCUUGACAAUCAAUUUCAGUACAAUGUAGAUAUAUCAAACCAGCUCAAGCUCUGUGGAAAUGUUGAGUUUAACAGUUUGGAGGGUGGUAUUGGGUUCUUCCACAAGUUUAGAGUUUACUACCCUGAUAACAUAAUGAGUGUAUAUUUGAUAUGUUAUUCUCCAUUUGUUGUUGCAGUACCUAUAGAAUUUCAUGAUGAGACUGAUAGAAAAGCCAGUAUUUUGAACAUGAAUCUCGUGUCCACCGGUUUAAGGUUGUGUUAUGAUGAUGACGAGCGAAACUCGUCUAUAACGUGCGCAAGUGGAAGCUUAAUGGGUAGUGCAUCUUCACUCUUUUCUGCAUUGAGCAAUGACAUGAAGCGAGAAAUCGAUGAGCAAAAUAAAGCGCUCGAUCACUUGAUUAGAAUUCAGGAAGAGAAGAUGAGAAAAGGGGUGCGGGACAUACGUGAUAAACACAUGGCCUCAUUCCUGGCAGCUGUGGAAAAUGAAGUGGCCAAGAAGAUGCAAGAGAAGGAAGUGGAGCUCGAGCGCGUGGCUGGCAAGAACAAGGAGCUUAUGGAGAGAGUGAAGCAUGCAACAUGGGAGGCCCAAAAGUGGUGCUAUAUGGCUAAGUACAAUGAGUCUGUGAUAAAUGUCCUUCGGGCAAACCUCCACAAGGAAGGCAUUGGGGAGAGUGAUGCAGAUUCUUACACUGAGAGGGAUUUGGUGAGAGUGAGGUGCAGGUCGUGCGGGAGGAAUGAGGCGUCGGUGCUGUUGAUGCCGUGCAGGCACUUGUGUUUGUGUAGGGAGUGUGAGGCGGGAGUGUGCCCCGUGUGUCGGGCAGUCACCACCGCUAGCUUCGAGGACGUGUUGUUAGAUUGGAAGUGCGUCGAGUUGAUGCAUUGGGAUAAAAGGGUUGCGAUUAUAAUCUCCAUUGUUAAGGGUCUCGAGUAUUUAGAAUAUUCCUCCGAUCCACCUAUUGUUCAUAGCAGCAACUGA